AUGGGUGGGGGUCGAUGGGACUGGACCCGGCUGGGGGACGUGCACCACUCUCCAGCUCGGUUGGGCGACCACGCGGCGGCGCGAUAUCGAUGCUUCCGUCAGACAAUUGAAGCCAUCCCGCAUGUGAACGAGACGCUGUUCGGGCUGCUGCUGGCUGUCGAGAGCGCGCGCGAGGAGUUGCAGCCAUUUGAGGUUGCCCCCCCACUCGUCCAGCUCGCAGGCACAAGCACCGCAGUGCAGCAAGUCCGACGGCUGCACCGCGUGCUCGACGAGGCUGUCGCUAUGGCGGGCGAUGGAGUUCUUGAAGCGAUGAGUGAAGGUAAGUGGUCAGGAGCGUUGCAAGCGGAGAGAAGCGCACGGAUCAAAUGGUACUGGACGAUGUUGGAGGAGAAGACGAGGUUCGACAGCGAGACAAAGACUUCUGUCCAGCAGGAGGAGGUUUUGACGUUACUGAAGGCAGCGGUGGACGAGGACAAGGUCAAAAGGGAGCUGAUACCGGGCGAGAUAGCGUUGAUGGAGACUGUGUUCGACUUGGUUCUUCUGCGUAAAACGUUUCUUCUUCGACUUCUCGUCUUCUUUCAACGCUAG